AUGGGUGAAAAUAUUUUUCCAAAGGAGAGAAAAAAUUUCGGGAAGCAAUGUCUCUUUGUCGACAAAAGAUUUCUUAUGGUAGCAAUUCCACCAAAGCCUUACGAGUUUAAAGAUUAUAUUCAACGUAAUCCUGUAGAUGUAGGCACUCAAUUAAGCAAACAAUAUGCAUUUAGUGAAGCUAAUACCAUGUCAGCGACUUUUGAUAAAAAGGGAAUGUUUCAUACUGAAGGCGGUUGGCCAAAGGACGUUGACAUUUCAGACAUCGAACAAAAAAUCCGAUAUCGACGAAAACUGGAGAAAGACGACGCUUAUAUCAAACAGCUUCCACAGAUGCUUGAAGCAGCUGAAUUCUGCAUUCUUCAAAACAAUGCCGUCAAUAUUUAUGAACAUUACUUUGAAAAUUUAAAAUUGAAAGAAGCACCAAUUGCAGAAACAUGUCAGUCACGUACUUCUAAUGUUUAUAAAGAUAUUGAUAAGCCUUUGCGUCAAGUAAAUCAUUUGUCAUGGUCACCAGAUGGUGGUGUUAAGAUUGCUGUGACAUAUUGCAAUAAGAAUUUCUUAAAAAGUCAUUUAGGAUGUUCGUGUAACUCUUACAUUUGGGAUGUGGAGAAUCCAAAUCAACCUUCUUACACAUUGUCACCGAAAUCUCCUUCGAUUUGUGUUGAAUAUCAUUACAAAGAUUACAAUUUUCUCGUCAGUGGACAUGAUAAUGGACAAUGUUGUGUUUGGGAUGUUAGAGUUGGAAAAUAUCCAGUGGGAAUAACACCUAUUGAAGUAUGUCAUAGUGGAAGAGUUAAUUCAGCUCUUUGGGUUAACAGUAAGCAUGGAACAGAGUUUUUCUCUGGUGCUGUUGAUGGUCAAGUUGUUUGGUGGGAUAUGAGAAAUCUCUCCGAACAGAUUGAUUCACUUUACAUGGAUCCUAUGAGAACUGAAGAACAAAAUCGUAGCCAAUCCCAAUCGAUCAGUUUGCUUGAAUAUGAGACGACAAUUCCAUCUCGUUUCAUGGUCGGUAGUGAACAUGGCAUGUUGUUUCUUUGUAAUCGGAGAGGAAAAUCACCAAUGGAAAAAAUAGUUUCGUUGAUGCAAAUCCACACUGGCCCUGUAGCUGCUUUAAAACGUAAUCCUGGAUUCACUAAAAACUUUCUUUCUGUUGGCGAUUGGAAUGGAAAGGUUUGGUCUGAAGAUUGCAAAGAAGGGUCAUUAAUUUGGACUAAAAACCGACCAGUGCAGCUGACAGAUGGUUGCUGGUCACCAAUAAAACCUUCCUUGUUCUGCUUAAGUCGCAUUGAUGGAAACGUUGAAGUUUGGGAUCUACUGCAACAACAAGAUGAACCAGUUUUAAUAAUUCAAGUGUCAGAUUUUUCUGUGAAUUGUGUGAAUCCUCAUGAAUCUGGGAAAAUGAUUGCAUGUGGUAAUGCAGAUGGAACCAUGAGUUUAGUAGAGCUGUCAAAGUCAUUAACAGUCAGUGAUAAAAAAGACAAAGUACUUCUGAAUGAUAUGUUUGUACGUGAAAACAAACGUGAAAAACUUCUCGCCGGCAAGUUGCGAGAAAUUCAAAUUAAAAGGAAGAAGCAGCAAGAAAUUGAGUCUGCCAAAUUAAAGCCAUCAUUAAAUCAAGAGGAAGUUGAUGCAGCAGAAAAUGAUUUCUUUAAAAUGACCGCAAGUGAGCAGAAACGUAGAUAUGAGGAAGAAGUUUUAUUAGGAAAGUCUAAAUCUGAGAAAACUGUAAGAAUUUCCCGAACUUUGCCAAAUGUUGAUGAAAGAUUAUCUGCUGCUACCCCACGUUCGAGAGAAAGCAACAUUGAUGAAAACACAAAAGAAAAUGCUCAUAAUUAA